ACAGGCACAGUAAGGCUAUAAUUAUUAUAUAGAUGUAUCUGUAUCUGUGUGCGUUUGUAUCUACCAUAAGCAAAACAAUAUCUAAGUGAAAAGCGUGCCAUAAUUAUAACAGCGAACUCAAACUGUAUCAAUAAACGGCAAUGUGCGAAAAUUGCUAAGGCAAAAGAAAAGAACAACAAAAGUAAAUAAAUCGGCAACGAGUCGGCCAAAAAUUAUCAACACCAAUAAACAGCAGCAGCAGCAGCAGCCACAGCAGCAGCAACAGCAGCCAUUAAAAUUGCCAACAUGAUUGACGCCACCUGCAAUUAUUUGAAUCCCUAUGCACUGUCUCAGCCAACAGCAAUACAGCAGCAGCAACAGCAGCAGCAGCAACAACAACAACAACAUCAACAACAGCAGCAGCAUCAUCAGCAACAUCAACAGCAGCAGCAGCUGCAAUUACAGCAGCAGCAACAACAACAACAACAACAGCAACUACAACAGCAACAGCAGCAGCAGCAGCAACAACAACAGCAGCAGCAGCAUCAGCAAGAGCAACAACAACAUCAGGAACUGCAACAGCAACCGAGUCAUGAUUUCAUUAGCGCCACAUUGCUGUCCGCCUCCGCGAAUGCCACAAGCUCCCCAUUGGCGGCACUCUACGGCAAACAGACGAAUGCAUCCGUUGCCGCUGCCACAACGGCAUUGCCGGCAAUGAAAAUGGAAAUGCAAUAUCCGCCGCAGGCAUCAUCCACGGGCAGUGCAUCGCCCAAUUCGAGCAUAUCACAGUCGGCUGCCUCAUCGGCAUCGGUGUCGCCCAGCAUUUUUCCAUCGCCAGCGCAAUCGUUUGCUUCGAUAUCCGCCAGUCCGCCGGCCGCAGGCAUUAUCGGUUCCUCCUCUUCGUCCUCGUCCACCGCCUCAUCCUCGUCGGCAGCGGCGGCAGCAGCGGCAGCAGUUGCUGCUGCUGAUUUGGGUGCUGCAGCAGUGGCAAGUGCUGCCUACGGCUGGAAUACGGCUGCCUACACGGCGUUGCCAACCAGAACUCAAUUUCCGUAUGCGCAAUACGCAUCCGAUUAUUAUGGCAAUGUGGCAACAGUGGGCAGUGUUGCAGCAUCGGCAUCGGCCGCUUGGUUCUCGCACCAGGAGCGCCUCUAUCAGCCAUGGUCAUCGCAAAGCUAUCCCAGCUUCAAUUUCGAUGACAUCGCCUUCCAGACACAACUGCAACGUCGCUCCGUUCGUUGUACCUGCCCCAAUUGCACCAACGAGAUGAGCGGCCUGCCGCCGAUCGUUGGACCCGAUGAACGUGGACGCAAACAGCACAUCUGCCAUAUACCCGGCUGCGAGCGAUUGUACGGUAAGGCCUCGCAUCUAAAGACCCAUCUGCGCUGGCAUACGGGCGAGCGUCCGUUUCUCUGCUUGACGUGUGGCAAGCGCUUCUCGCGCUCCGAUGAGCUUCAGCGGCAUGGACGCACACAUACCAAUUAUCGUCCAUACGCCUGUCCCAUUUGCUCGAAGAAAUUCUCGCGUAGCGAUCACCUCAGCAAGCACAAGAAGACCCACUUUAAGGAUAAGAAAACGAAAAAGGCACUCGCCGCCGAGGCCAAGGAGCAGGCGGCAGCCAUCAAGCUGGAGAAAACCGAUAAGUUGUCCAGCGGCAAAAAGACGAAGACAACAACAGCAACAGCAACAGCAGCAGCAGCAGCAGUAGCAGCAGCAGUAGCAGCAUCGACGGCAACGCCAGCGAGCAGUGUGCAGUUCAAGCAGGAACAGCCAGAGUCAGCAAGCACCUUGGGCUAUGCACCGUAUGCGAAUCUGUAUCAGCAAACAGCGGCGGCAGCAGGAGUUGCAUCUCUGCCACCACCGCCGCCACUAUUCCAGCCCCAUCAGCAACAGAGCGAUGCACCCAGCGGCGGCAGCACCAGCAACAGCUAUGGGCCCUGGUGCACCACCAACAAUACUUCCAGCAGCAGCAGCAGCAGCAGCGCCACCAACAGCAAUACUAAUAAUAAUCGUGCCAUGGAACAGAAUCAAACUACCUCAGCAAAUGCCAGACCCACAUCGGCUAGAUCCGCAACAAAUUCCAGCAUUAGCAACAACAGCAACAACAGCAACAACAACAGCAACAACAACAGCAGCAGCAGCAGUAGCAGCAGCAAUAGUCAGACGCAACAUUAUGCGGCGCUUGCCAUGCAGAGUGAAUCGCAGCUGGCGUCCGAGUAUGGAUUAACCAUGUCCGGAUUGGCGAGCGGGGCCAGCGAAAGCAGCAGCAGCAGCAGCAAUUGUGUUAACAGCAACAACAAUUCGAAUGCUGCUGCUGCUGCGGCCGCUGCAUAUACGGGCCUCAUUGCGCCCAUGAAGUCGGAGUAUGCCGGCAGUUAUCCGGCUGAGUUUGCCAGCAGCUCUGGCUAUGGCUAUGCUGCACACCACCAUCAUGCUGCCCAUGCCCACGCCCACGCCCAUGCCCAUGCCCAGGCGCAUGCCCAUGCACACGCCCACGCCCAUGCCCACGCCCAUCAUCAUCAUCAUCAUAAUGCGUGGACCGCCGCUUAUCAUCCGCAUGCCACUGCCUAG